AAAAUACAUAAAAUUACAGCAAUCUGCAGAUUGACAGGGUGUCUUACUUUUAUUUUACAUCGAGUAAGCCGGUGCAGAGACGGCGUGCGGUGAGGAAUGGAUGACCGACCGACCGACCGGAACUCAAAAUAUGAUGCAGUUACCAAGGACCUUGACCUGGCAGGAGAAUAUUGUCAAUUAGAAAUGUACAAGAACAAUAAAGUAAUUUCAAAACAUCGAAGUAGUGCUCCACCUUUGUUGAAUGGAAACUCCAUAUGCGAUGUUAACAUGAUGAAAAAAUAUAUUACAGUUUUUAAUGAAUCUGACAGGUUUGAGGACCAAGAUUUGGAAAACUUAACUUUGGGAUCUGCCAGAAAUGUAGCAGAACAGGAUUUUGAAUUGCAACAAUCUCUUCCAUCAAAGGAAAGAAGAGCAAGGAGGAAUGUACCUGGCAAAAGGAAAUCAAGAGCUGGGACUUUAUGUGAAAUAAAAUUAUCAUCAGUUGAAAAUCUAGAUCAAACAACUGAGCAGCUUUCUUCUAGACAGCCGUUACUUGCAAAUAAUAGGUACACUCCUAUGAAAACUUUAGAUGAAAGGAAAACAUUGCAACUCAACAAUCUAGUGAACUCUCAGCUUGGAGCACAGCAAAUGUCCGUCUGUCAAGAAGCACCCUUUGAAACAACAGAUAUGGAUGUGCCAGUUACAGCACCUUUAGGAUUGGAUUUGCAUUCUAAAGACCUAACACCAAAUGAUCCAUUUCCUUGUAAACCUGUUACUUGGGAGAAUGAAGUAUCCAUAGCACAAACAAUUGGUAGAGAUGGUGAGGCUUGGACUUCCUUUCCAACAACACCUGGUGAUCGUGCUAUUACCAGCAAGAUUGAUUCUGAAAAUACUGCCAAUAGAUAUCAGGAUGACUUGAUGAAUGUGACCAAGGAGCAAUCCAACUCCUGUGUAACAAAAACACCUUCUCCUCUAUUGGAUAUUUCAGUGAAUGCUGCAAACCACUGGGAAAUGACAGAAGAAAUGUUUAGCCUGAAUUCAGCAGGAAAGCUCUCUGCAGGGAGAAAAAGAUUCUCACGGAGAGCAUCUUCUGUUGGAGCCCGAGGAUCCCCAGAAACUAACAGUCUUAUUUGCUAUAUUGCCAAUCAGAAGAUGCAGGAAUCUCAGAGAGUUUCAAUGCUGAGGAGGAAGAUGGAGGCAUUUAUGGGCACGUUUCAAGCUGCAGAACAGGAUGAGAAUAAAACUUCCACGCCAGAGCUUCCACAUCUCUCUGGUUUAUGGCAAACAGGUUCAACUCCUGCAAAGGAGCAAGACUCUACUCUGUCUGCAAGCUGCAGUAAACCAGCACAGAAGAAAAAGGUGACUUUUGGCGAAGAGCUGAGUCCUGAGUUGUUUGAUGAAAGGUUACCAUCCAACACCCCUUUACGUAGAGGGGAAACGCCAGUUUAUCAGAAGAUCACUUUCAGCGAUGGUCUUCCCUCAGCUCUAAAACAAAGGUCAAAAACCCAUAUUGCUUUGGAAGAGGAAAAGAGCACUUCCGGUGAUGUGACUUGCAAUGGAUGCAGCCCUGAGAAUGACCAUGGUGACAGUACAUCAAUUAAAUUGCAAGCAAAAUUUGAAAAUGACAUGGAAAUUAGUGCCACUGGAACUCAGAAUGAUGAUGAAGACAGAUGCUGUCCAAUACCCAUCAAUUUUGAAAUUGAAUCUCCACUGUCAGAAUGUAAAGUUGGACCAGAUAAUCAGAAGAGCUGUAAUAGAAACGAUGAAUAUCCUUGUGAGGUUUUGGAUGUGAAAAUUCAAGAACUGAAUGAAAUUCUACCACUUACAAUCAGUCCCUCUGGGCACCCUGGGGAAAGGAGUAACAUUAGGAAGGACAAUGUCACCAUCUGCAGAAAUCUGACCAAAAAGAAAACUGAUUGUAUUAGCAAGAAGUUGUCAAAAGUAAAACCAGAGCUUGACAAAAAAAUUGCAGCAAUUAAUAAGUUGAAAACUUCUGAAAUGGAAACAGAAUCAGGAGUUGAAUCUGACAUGGACCACAUGCCCUGUAUACUUAAUGAAAUGUCAAAAACAGGUGAUGGAUUCCUUGAUCAUAAAAACACUGAUCUCUCCAUGAAUGAUGGAGUACAAGCCAAUUUUAUUGGAGACACAUGCCCCAAUAUUCAGAAUCUGUCUGAACAGAGAGAUGAAACAGAUGACAAAAAAGUAUGCAGUGAAGCACUCAGUGCUGAUGUAAGCCCUAACCCAACCACAAAAUCACAGGAAGAGAUGAAAACUAGAAAUGAGGAACAAGAGUCCAAGAAAGAAGAACCCCGCAGGUCUGCUAGGAUCAAGCAAAAUGUUUUGAAGAACUCAACUACAGCAACUAAAGGGAAACGUAGACAGAAGUUCAAGAAGGACCUUUAUGGAAAACGUGAAUAUGCUUCAAGGAAGCCUUUACUGAGCCCAAUUGCAGAGGUUUUGGAUAUUUGGUCUGAAUCAGAAGUUUUACCUGAUAGUGAUGUAAUGCUGGAAUGUGAACCUUCAAGGAGAACCAGUCUGAUUUAUCUUGAAGCCUGA